AUGAUCGGACUCCACGCGCACCGCUCCGACACCUCCAUUGUGCCCAUGACUGUCGGGGGUGACAGGCGUUUGGCGGCAAAGAUGGGCACCGAAACGAAAGUCUCCCCAUCACUCCCAACAUCGAACACAUCUCUCCGCCCCUUCAUGCCGCCGCCCACAUGCUCCGAUCGCGAAGCUACCAACAGUGGGAUGAAUUACAUACAUCUCACCCAAACUCUUGUUGAUUCUUUCAACGCCCUUGCCGAUGAAGUCCAGAUCCUGACCGACAGGAAGACGAUCCUGGAGCACAAGCUCAGGUUCGCCCACGAGCAGUACCAGUACCUUGCCGAUAAACAUGCACCAGCUGCCCCCGAAAUCUCAGAAGUACUGGCAAAGCUACAACUGCCACCGGAACUAGCGAAUCCAUCUCUCGAAGAAGCAUCACAAGCCGUUCCCCUCCCGAAGCGCAACAAGCUGGACACCAGAAACCAAAUCGCACUCAUCAUCCGGGACGGCCGGCGCGUUGCCCAGCAACUAUCUUCGAUCGGCGAAACGAGCAAGACGAGCGAUUCUAGUAGACAGACCUCCUCGCGCGAAGCCGAAGCCGCAACCGGGACCUCGAUGUCGACGGUGCUCGAGCAAGACUUUACGAUCGAGGGCAAGAAGGGACCUCUCGAAUGUCCCUUCUCCGCACCCAAGUCAAAUGGAGAUGGCGCUGAGGGCGAUGCGCAGAGCGCGGUAAAUGGGUCGCAGGACCCCACGCCGCACCAUUCUGCCGAUCCAAUCUGCGUCGCCAUGCUUGAGGAAUCCGGGUCUCAGCCAGCUGCCAACGGGUCCCCAGCAAAGUGCCCGAUCCGCUACCUCGACCAGCACUCUCCCGAGGAGAUAGCACACUACGUCGAGACACACAAACAUGAACUCCCCCGCAGCCACGAGGUUUGUGUGAGGAGAUACCAGAAGAACGAGGUGCAGAUCAAGAAGCUGGACGCAAAAUACGGCAACUUGGUCAACAUGAUUCAAGGGCUUAGUGCGCUUCACCAGCCCAUGCUGCCGUCUUCGGAGGAGGAGCAGGAAGAGAUCGACAGGGCCUCGAACGAGAGGGUUCACAACUGGGCAAAGGCUGUUACCGCUACCGCUAGUGACGAUGCCGAACAGUCGCAACCAGAGCUCGUGGAUGCUGAGGAGGCCCGACAGAGCCACUUCGACCGACCCCUCAAAGAGGUCCGGGUGGGCGAGUCACCCAGCCGACCAUGGGGCAUCAGUGUUCCGGUCUAUGAGCCUACCGGCUUGGAUGAUGGCGAUCAACACCCCCCGCUAUCACCACCACCUGCUCCUGUUUUCAUGCCAACCGGCUCAGAUGUCGAGGAGACGCCGGCAAAGACGGGCAAAUGCCCCUUUGACCAUACGAAGCUGGCGGCCAUGAGCGCAGCCCGCGAAGAAGCCCAGCCUUCCUCGCCCCAGCCUGCCUCAUCCCCGCAGGCGCCUAUAUCCAUGCCCAACGGAGCGAGCGACAACGCAACGGCUCCGAAGACCGGAGGCAAAUGCCCCUUCGACCAUGCCCAACUGGCUGCUAUGGGCUUCACCUCGCCGACCCCGAACACGGGCGAGCAGACCUUUGUUCAUCCGGAUCAAUCACAUCCGUCGCCCGUCGAACUGCCGUCCACACCGGUCAAGCCGCAGCCCGCUCACAGCUCCCCCCCACCUCAACCGGCCUUCAUCAACCCGCCUCUGGACGCAUAUAAGCAGACCGCCCCUGGGGGCGUCCCACAGAUGGUCUUCACCGGCCCCGUCUUCAUCGGUUACCCCAUCGAGCAGGCGAUCCAAUUCAUGCAGCACUUCCAGCAGGGACGGCAGUAA